CGAGAUGGCCACGCUGAGCGUGAAGCCGGGGCAGCGGUUCACGGUGCCCGACUGGCACACCAGUGCCCAGCUCCUCUCCGCCGACGCCGAGCGCCAGCGCUCCGCUGCCCACCACGCCCGGCAGGAAACCCGCGCUCUGCGCAACGAAACCAACAACCAGACCAAAUGGGAUGAGCACGACAACCAAACCCGGCUGGCUGAACGUAUCAGCAGCGUGAACAGAUGGAAGGAGACGCUGGACAAAUGCCUCGCAGACAUAGAUGCGGAAAUCGAUGCCUUAGCCAAAGUGAAGGAAGCAGCAGAACGUGCCCUCCAGGCAAAGAACUUGGCUCUGGAGGUUUCCAUCGAGUGCCUGACGCUCCGUGAGAGCCGCCGCGCCAUUGACGUGGUGAGGGACCCUGUGGAGGAGGAGCUGCACAAGGAGGUGAAGGCCAUAGACAAAGCCAAGAGAGAGCUGCAGGAGAAAGUGACCGAAGCCUUCGAGCAGCUCUGCCGCCUGCAGGAGGCUCGCCAGCAGCUGGGCUGUGACCACCGGCACAAGAUGGAAGCCCUGGAGAUAGAUCGGGUGUGCUUGUCCCUCAGCGUUACCUCUCCCAACAUCUCCUUCAAGGUCAACCCAACCCGAGUCCCAAACGGAUCAACUGUGCUCAGUGAGUGGGAGCAGAACAGCCAGUGCAACAAGGAGCACGCUGAGGAGGAGAUGAAAGCCUCGGCCAAGCUCCGAGAAGUCACUGCACUUGCCAUUGCACAGACAAACAACAAGCUGGAGGCUCAGCGUGUAGCCACAGAGUUUGCCUUUCGCAAGAGGAUUAGAGACCUUGAAAGAGCCUAUGAUGAGCUGAAAUGGCAGGAGCAGAAUACCCUGAAGGAGAUUGCUGAGAUGGAGGAGGACAUCCGGCGCUUGGAGGAGGAUCUGUGGAGGAAGGUGCAGGCCCUGAAGGUGGCACACACCCGCCUGGAGACCCGCACGCACAGGCCCUGGGCGGAGCUCUGUCGGGAUCAGGCCCAGUACGGGCUGACAGACGAGGUCCACCAGCUGGAGGGGACCAUCCGUGCGCUCAGGCAGAAGCUGGCAGAGUCACAGGAUGCUUUGGACGGUCUUUACAGACAGCUCCACCGCACUCAGACAGAUCUUGGCUACAAAGCCAAUUCCCUGAUGCUGGACAACAAGUGCAUGGACAGCCGGAGAAAACUGGUGGUCCCUGCUGAGAAAUUCGUGCCAGAAGUCGACACUUUCAACCGGACCACGACCCGGGCGCUGAAGAACGGGCAGCUGGAGUUGUCCUAA